AGCUACUCCAAAUUUUUGGCAUACCAUACAUCAUAGCUCCCAUGGAAGCAGAGGCACAGUGUGCAUUUAUGGAACAAUUAGACCUUGUUGAUGGCAUUGUCACUGACGAUUCUGAUGUAUUCUUAUUUGGAGCAAGGAGCGUGUACAAAAAUAUUUUUGAUGAUCGCAAAUAUGUGGAGACAUAUUUUAUGAAGGACAUUGAGAAGGAGCUAGGCUUGAGCAGAGAUAAAAUAAUCCGCAUGGCAAUGCUCCUAGGAAGUGAUUACACAGAAGGAAUCAGUGGUAUUGGUAUUGUCAAUGCUAUUGAAGUUGUGACUGCUUUUCCCGAGGAGGAUGGGCUUCAGAAAUUUCGUGAAUGGGUUGAAUCACCUGAUCCUACCAUUUUAGGAAAGACUGAUGCAAAAACAGGUUCGAAGGUAAAGAAGCGUGGGUCUGGCUCUGUAGAUAAUAAAGGAAUCACUGCAGGUGCCUCGACUGAUGACACUGAAGAAAUCAAGCAAAUCUUCAUGGAUAAACAUAGAAAGGUAAGCAAGAACUGGAAUAUUCCAACAACUUUCCCUAGUGAGGCUGUUAUUUCAGCCUACUUAAACCCACAAGUCGAUCGGUCGACUGAAAUUUUCUCGUGGGGCAAGCCUGAUCUUUCAGUUCUUAGAAAGCUAUGCUGGGAAAAGUUUGGUUGGAACGGCAAGAAAACAGAGGAUCUACUACUACCAGUUUUGAAGGAGUAUGAAAAGCGCGAGACGCAACUUCGGAUAGAAGCUUUCUAUUCCUUUAAUGAAAGAUUUGCAAAGAUCCGUAGUAAAAGAAUCAACAAAGCUGUCAAAGGAAUUGGCGGAGGUCUAUCUUCAGAAGUGGCGAGUCAUACUCUCCAGGAAGGUCCAAGGAAACGAAAUAAGAAAAGAGUUGCUCCUCAAGAAACUGAAGAUAACAACACUUCAGAUAAAGACUCACCUAAAGCCAAUGAGAAAGUGAAAAACAAAAGGAAGUGCUUAGAAAAACCAUCUAGUAGUGGAGGCAGAAGCAGAGGCAGAGCCCAGAAAAGAGGACGAGGUAGAGGAAGAGUCCAAAAAGAUAUCCUUGAGCUAUCAGAAGACACCUCUGAUGAUGAUGACAAGGUAGUAGAGUUGCCGGCAAAACCAGGCAAUCUUCAAAAAGUGCGAAGGUCAACCCAAUCUCGGAACCCUGUGAAGUACAAUGCAAAAGAAGAUGAUGAACUGGAGGAGUCAAGAAGCCAUGGAGGAUCCCUUAAUGAGAAUUUGGAAGAUGAUGGCCAAGGCGGAAUAGGAAAUGUCUCUGCAGAAACAACCAUCGAUGAUGCAUCAAUCAACAAUUGUCCUUCUGAAGAUUAUAUUCAAACGGGAGGUGGAUUCUGUGCAGAUGAAGCGGAUGAGACUGGAGAUGCUCAUUUGGAAGAUAAAGCUACCGAUGAUUACAGAGUGAUUGGUGGCGGAUUCUGUGUAGAUGAAGAUGAAACAGCAGAGGAAGAUGCAAUGGAGGAUGAUGUAGAGAUGUUAAAUAUGGAGAGUGAAGAAGGACAAAAGAAAGGUAAACGUCGAAAUGAAGAAGAUAAUGAAUCAUCAUUGGAGAAAAAUGUUGAGAUUGAUUUUGGGAAUUCUUCUUCAGUUGGUGGAUUAAAUGCUAUGCCUUUCUUGAAGAGAAAGAAAAGGAAGAGCUGAACAACUCAAUAGUAUAUCAUCGUUAAGUAGGAAGUAAAAACGUUUGGCAAAGUUAACAAUGUGAAUAUAUAAAUCUUUGAAGCUACAACUUUUGUUUUAGUAGGAAAAGGGUUGCCGGACUA